GGUCAAUGUAGGUCUGGAUUGGACAAAAGGCAGCAAUAUAUAAUCAAGAGCAUUGCUCUCUGCCAUUCAAACAAACUACAAAACCUAAAAGGAUUGAGGUUGCAUAAUGUGACAGGAAAUGUAGCCUAGUUUUGAGACCUACCUACUGUGACAGGCUGACCCAUCAACACCAUCUUAACAAAUUCCCUUAACUGAAAAGGGGAUAAUUUAAGGUGGUGGUGCACUUUCUGAAAAACCAACAAAGACCAAGCAAAAACAGUCAAUCAGGAUGAUCCUUUUAUUGAUAACACUGGUUCUUCUCCAUCAGGGAUAUGCACUGAUCUCAGUGAAAACGGUUCAACUAGGCAGACCUGCAACCUUCACAUGUGUUCUACCUGAUUCGGAGUAUAGCAAUACACGAGUCAAGUGGUACAAACAGAGUUUUGGUGAUACUCUUACAUUAAUUACAAUGCUGAUGAAAGGCACUGAAAAUCCCGUGUUUGAACAAGGAUUUCCUCCCUCGCGAUUUAAUGCAAACCAUUCUACAACUAUGAGCUCGCUGACCAUUUUGAAGACAAUCCAAGAAGAUGAGGCAUUGUAUCACUGUGCAUUCUCUUCCUGGAGUACGGAUCAGUUUAGUGGCACAUAUCUGUCAUUAAAAGGAAACACUCAGAGGACAUCAAACUACACUGUUGUUCAGCAGCCGGCAGUAUCUAAUACAUUUCAUCCAGGAGACUCCGUCACUCUACAGUGUUCAGUCCUCUCCGACGCUGGGAAAUCGUCGUGUCCAGGUGAACACAGUGUGCACUGGUUUGGAGUUCGAUCACAUAAAUCUCAUCCACACAUGAUUUACACUGAUGAAAAUGGACACAAUGGAUGUGACAAGAUAUCGGACACUCAGAAGAGUUGUGUUUAUCACUUCUCUAAGAACGUCAGCUCCACUGAUGCCGGGACUUACUACUGUGCUGUAGCCACAUGUGGAGAGAUAUUAUUUGGAGAUGGAACAAAACUGGAAAUUGAAGGAACCGGGGCGUGGUCUUUUGGUAUUAUACUCACGGACAGUUUAUUUCUACUUCUGCUGUGUGCCGUCUUGGCUCUAAGUGUGAUCGUUAUAGCUGUCCUUAUUUACGCAAUCAAGAAGAACAAGUGUGAUUAUUGCAAUAAUGAAGCUGCUGUUUCCCUGCCAGAAAAUAUUGCAAAAAGAAAUUCUACGAGAGAUGAAGACACAUGGAUUUACUCGACUGUUAUUUUUACUGUGAUGAAAGCUGGCAAUGGUGGAUUCAGGGAUGCAAAAGCAGCAGAGAGGAUCUAUACUGCAGUCAAGCCUUUUGGGUUGGAUUAGUGGACUGUUUGUUAUUGAUGUUUUACUAUUUAAAGCUAAAGUAUGUUAUUAUAUGUGGAUGUCAGGUAGUGUUGUGCAUAUGAAAUAUUUCUUGACUUAACGUUUUGUUCUCAUUCUUACAUGCAAAAGUAGUCAAUUGAAAUAAAACAAUGCAUUUUGUUUCAUUUAUGUAAAAACUAUAAAUGUUGUAAAACAGUGCAUUGCAUCCAUUUAUACUGCAAUCACAUUUUCUAUAUUUUUCAACUAGGUUAUUUUUAGUCCUUUCCUCUGCAAACCUAAAUUGAACAUGAUUAUUUCUAAAUAUUCAAAAGAUCUAAGUUCUACUAAACUUUGGAAGUAAUUCUGAAUAUGAUGUGGAUCUAAUUGAAAGUGUAAUGUGACUGUGGUUUAAGUCACAACUGGGAAGUUUUGUUUUCAUCAUUAACAGUGGAUGGCAGAGUUAUGGUUACUGAACUGUAUGACAGGAUAUGCUGCUGAAGUCAUGAAAGAACAACAGUUUGGCCUGUGAUGUAAUUUUGCAGCUAGAGACCACUACGCAGGAAGUCUUUAUAUUUUGUCUGUGUGUUGGUACAAUAAAGGUGGAUAAAGGGAAUG